UUAGCCCUACCAUGCUACCUCCAUGUGAUGUGGUUGAGGCGGGAGGAAGACGCAUGCGAGUUGCUCCAUCUUCAACCCCUGUCCUUAUACUUAUAGCAGCUCCAUUUGAUUGGAUCUAGCGAUCUCGUCGUCUAGUCUUGUCGAUCGAGCGAGCGGUACAGGAAUUCGGGAUCGCUCAGAUCAGGCCGGGGGGUGGAAGAUAUGGCGCAGGGGACGCUGGAGGUGCUGCUCGUCGGAGCCAAGGGCCUCGAGAACACCGACUUCCUCAGCAACAUGGAUCCUUACGCGGUUCUGAUAUGCACCUCGCAGGAGCAGAAGAGCACCGUUGCGUCAGGCAAAGGAAGUGAUCCUGAAUGGAACGAAACCUUUGUGUUCACCGUCUCUGAGAACGCGACCGAGCUCAUCAUCAAGCUCCUGGACAGUGACAAUGGCACAGAAGAUGAUUGUGUUGGUGAAGCAACGAUCCCUUUGGAAGCAGUGUACACGGAAGGAAGCAUCUCACCAACGGUUUAUAAUGUUGUCAAAGACGAAGAAUACCGCGGAGAAAUCAAAAUUGGUCUGACGUUCACUCCGGAGCCGGAGGAGUCUGGGGAAUAGAAUUUACCUGAGGAAAACCUGGGACAGUGGAAUCAAUCGUCUUGAGAAGAUCAUGCUUUGAUGAACUGCAAUUGUGUGACUAGUAUGCUAGAACGAAGCCUAUGUUAAAGACAGUACUUCUCACUAAUUUCCUUAAUGGUGGAUGAUUGCAACUCUCCGUAUUAAUAUGUAUCAUUCUUGUACUUCAAUUAUUAAUAAUGGUUUUUUUUGUUUUCUGCCACUUGUAUGCACUGCUCUUUAAAAUGUUUCACAAAACCGAUCUGUAAUUCAUCAUUUUUCAAUGAAAUCCAGCAGUUUCACUUGA